AGGCGUAUCGCGUUUUUGACCUUCCGACUUGCCGUAGUUUCUACGUUGACAACAUGGCGUCUGCAGACGUACACGUCCGAUUAUGCGAGCAAGAAAUACUUAAAUAUGAUUUGGAAAUUAAGGCUCUCAUUCAGGAUAUCACAGAGUGCAGCGGCCCUCAAAGCAAGCUCACAGAAUUAAAUGCAAACAUAAAAAAAUGUUUUCACAACCUCAGAUCAAGGAUUGAGGACUUGAAGCAGACAGCGUUGGAACAGGACAAACUGUCAGAGAAGCAAGCGUUGAUCCUUCAAGUGGAGGGCCACCAAAAGCAGAUGCUGAGUAAUCAGACAGCAUGGAGAAAGGCCAACUUAGCCAGCAAGCUGUCGAUCGACAACAUGGAGAAACAGACUCUUUUAAAUGGGACCGAUAACACCACAAGACAAAGGAAGUUGACCAAAGAGGGGAUAGCUCAGACCACCAGUGACAUUACAGAAAACCUCAUGAGCAUCAGCCGGAUGAUGGCCCAGCAAGUUCAGCAGAGUGAGGAGACCAUCACCACUCUAGCAACCUCUUCCAAAACGGUCCAUGAGACCAACGAAGAGUUUAAAGCCAUGACGGGAACCAUUCAGCUCGGAAGAAAGCUCAUCACCAAGUACAACCGCAGGGAGCUCACUGACAAGCUGCUCAUCUUUCUGGCAUUAGCGCUCUUCUUUGCCACAGUUCUUUACAUCCUGAAGAAGAGACUUUUCCCUUUUCUGUAG